UUAUGUCUUAUGCCUUGGUCUCGAUAUAACACGGUACAAAUUUCCAUAUUUCUACUAUUUGUAGGUCUCGUACAACACGGUUUCGAUACUACGCGGAACACGGUUUCGAUACUACACGAGCCAUUUCUUCUAUUUUACAUUCAUUUCGUACAACGCGGUUUCGAUACUACGCGGAACGACAAAACCGCGUUGUACGAGGGACGACUGUAGAAAAAAAAAAUCGUUUGUUUUUCGCUCUUUUUUUCAAAAAUUUUUUUAUUUUGAAAUUUUUCAAAAUAAAAAAUGGAUUCACCAGAUUUGAAUGAAUUAUUUUCAUAUUUUGAUCAAAAAAUUUCCAAUGCUACAUCAAAAUUAGCAAUGUUAAAUGUUUAUUAUCAAAAAGAUCGUAAUGAAUGUAUUGAAAUGAAUGUUAAUAUUGGCAGUAUACAAUAUUUGUUGCAUUCAAUUGAUCAAUGUUUGAUUGAAGCUGAAAAUGAAUUUGAAAUACAAACAAAACGUUGUGAUAAUCUUUUACAAUUAUUAGAAGAUCAUAUUGAUCAUAUUGAAGCGAAUUUACCGAUGGCCAAUUUAACGGAAAAACAAACGGAUAAUCAAAAAUCGAUUACCCGAAAUAUAACCUAUACAAAUAUGGAUACGAAAAAAAUACGUAAAACAAAUGUAACAACAAAAACAUCAAAAUCAAAUCAAAAUCGUGAACCACCAAAAGAAAUUGAAUCGAAAUCAAAACCAUCAUCAGCAACGACAUCGACAACCAUCAAUUCAUCAUCAUCAUCAUCAAAUUCACCAUUUCCAUUGAUGGAACAUCUCAAUCAAUCGGAAUAUAAUUCAAUACCAAAAUAUAUGUUAAGUCGUUUAACAUUAUCAACAUUAAAUGAAUCGAUUGAUGCAUUUAAUCAUUCAAUUUAUGCAAAAUAUCAAUUUAUAAAAAAAUUUGAUAUACAAUCAACAAAAGAAAGUGAUUAUAAACGUUAUCAACAAUAUAAAUCGCAGGAAAAUGCUGAUACUAAAGGCAUCUAUUUUGUUACAAUCAACGAUAUUAAAGAACUGACUGAAAUGAAAAAUGAUUCAACAUUACGUAAAGUAUUGAUAUGUCUUCGUCAUUGUAAACGAAUAAAAGAAAUACGUGGUGGUAAUGGACAAUCACAAAAAUUGAUUCGUUAUGGAUUGAUUUAAAAC